AUGCUUCGACCAGGAAGACUUUCGAGGAGCCGGGAGGAACGAUCAAACAAAACUCGACAGAACAACAAAAGGAGGAACAAAAAGUCAAGAAGAGAUGACCAACCUAGUUUCUGGGAGGCCGUUAUUGUUUAUACCAGAGGUACGACGCCGUACGGAAACGCUCGUCUUUGCACGGCGUCAAGAGAGCAAAGUGGGCGCCAAAGUCAGACAUGGGCAGCGCUGGAUGGGUACGAGAGCGAGCUAGAGGAGAGCGGGACUGGGGUUUGCUUGUAUCUAGACGCGCUUUCGAGGCCCGGUCUUCAUGGCAAUGACGACCUGGGGAGAGGUGGGCAGGCCGAAGCAGCGGGAGAGGGCGAAGGGUUGGAUGGCAGCGGUGGGCAGGUGUAA